AUCCCACAUUUCAAGUAAAACCGUGAUAUUUUUGCUUCGAGCCGACGAACUAUAUAAUUGCACAAGACUUGCAACAAACGUUUUUAUCGUGGUGUUUGCAACUUUAAACAUUUGACACCGUUUUCAAUAAACCACGUCGAUUCGCAAUGCCGAACGCGAACUUUUGCCAGUGAAAUUUAAUUAUUCGGUCGGCGAUUAAAAUAAAAAUGAAUUUCAAUAAUUUGCUUCAUACGAACAAGGAAGAAGUUCGAAGUGCAGUGUUGGAAAAGUUGGGCAAAAGUGCAGAUGAUAUUGAAAAUGACAAACAGCUGUUGAAAAAUUGGUUCCAGUAUCAGACGCAUUUACCAGAAGUUCCAUGUGAUUCUGUUCUUGAGCUAUUCCUAAUAGUGAAUAAAUUCAACUUAGAAAAAUGCAAAGAAAAACUAUGCAAUUAUUACACCAUCCGGAACGAGAUUCCCGAUAUGUAUGUGAAUAAAAAUCCCAAGUUUGAUCACAUGAAGGACAUCGCUAAUACUGUAUAUGUUAUACCUUUGCCGAAAUUAACGCCGUCCUUGAGCCGAGUAACUCUUAUAAAACUGAAGGAUUUUGAUCCCGUGAAAUUCAAACCCCUCAAUUUUUUUGCCCACACAUACAAUAUUGUGGAGAUUCGAAUAAGGGAAGAUGUGCUGCUUACCGACUCUAUUAUUUACGAUAUGGAAGGUUGUCAGGCAAAACAUUUGAUGAAGAUGCGACUGGGAUUAUUGCGAAAUUCAGCAACAAUACUUGAGAAAGUGUUUUCGACUCGCUUGGAAGGAAUUCAUUAUAUCAACCUACCCAGUUCCAUGCAGGUUAUAGUAAAUCUGAUGAAAACAUUGUUAAAGGAAAAAAUGAGGAAAAGACUCCAUGUUCACAAAGACUUGGAGAGUUUGCAAAAACACUUUUCCAAAGAAAUUUUACCUCAAGAAUAUGGUGGAGAGUGUAGAUCAAUAAUCGAGCUCCAUGAACUCUGGCUGAGGAAAUUAGACCACCAUCAAGAACUGUUUGACCAUUUGGAUACUUUGCUGCCCCCAAGCAGUAACAACGCGUCUCAAGAGAUUGAAGUGAACAUACCAGAAAACUGUGUGUCUAAUUUUCAACAACUUUGCAUUGACUGAUUGAUGACCACUAAUUUGAUCUCUAAGAUUUGACGAUCAUUAGUUUACCAAGAGUGAGCUUUAGACAAUAGAAGAUUUUUCAUUGUCUAAAUUUAUUUAGCUUAAGACAUACUUAGCUCAGGAGUGUGUGUGCCUACUAUAUUUUUGUGAACAUAAGCAGAAAAACGUAUUUUGAAAUCAAUAUGCAUAUAUUCCCAUUUUUCCAAGUCGAAAAAUAUAAUUAGUUUAUUUACAUUUGUAAGACUUUAAGGCGAAUUUUUUGAAUUUUGUUACGUUUACUAAAGGUUUCUUGCGUUUUAAUUCACAUUUUAUUAACACAGGAACAGGAAAAGUAAGAAUGUGCAGAACUCCAAUUUUACCUUCACCUUUGUUGUCCAAAAUACAUACCAUGUAUUAAAUAGCUAAAUAAAGAAUACAAAAGUAUAAUAAUCUUAUUAUCUUA